AUGCUCAGGACAGCGGCCCCGGCCCGGGGGCCGCUGCCCGGGGGAGGCAGCGCCUCGCUCCUCAGCAGUGUCACCUCUCUACUUCCAAGUAUACUUCAACAGCCAGUGAGGACUGUCACUUACUACAGCUUGAGGAAAGGAAAGAGGAAAACUGUGAAAGCUGUCAUCGAGAGGUUCCUCCGGCUGCACAACGGCCUCUGGGUUAGGAGAAAGGCUGGCUACAAGAAGAAACUGUGGAAGAAGUCAAUUGCCCAGAAGAAGCGUUUGAGGGAGCUGAUGUUGUGCAACAGGACACAGUGUAAACUCCUGGAUAAAAUGACCACUUCCUUCUGGAAGAGAAGGAACUGGUACGUUGAUGAUCCCUACCAGAAGUACCAUGAUCGCACCAACCUUCGUGUCUAG